CUACCCGGACCGUGUUUGCGACGGAAGCGCAGCGGCGGCCGCUUCCGGUGGCGGCGGGCGGCGGCGGCGGCGGCGAUGUUGCCCCACACCGUGAACUUCAGGGUGUCGGCGCGCACGCUGACCGGCGCGCUGCACGCGCACAACAAGGCGGCGGUGGACUGGGGCUGGCAAGGUUUAAUUGCUUACGGAUGUCAUUCGCUCGUGGUAGUGAUUGAUUCCAGUACUGCCCAAACUCUUCAAGUUUUAGAAAAACAUAAAGCCGACGUUGUCAAGGUUAAAUGGGCCAGGGAAAAUUAUCACCAUAACAUUGGCUCACCGUAUUCCUUGCGCUUAGCUUCUGCUGAUGUCAAUGGAAGGAUCAUCGUGUGGGAUGUAGCAGCAGGAAUAGCUCAGUGUGAGAUCCAAGAACAUGCCAAACCUAUUCAGGAUGUUCAGUGGCUGUGGAAUCAAGACGCUUCCCGAGACUUGCUGCUUGCAAUCCACCCACCAGGCUACAUCGUGCUCUGGAAUGCGGAUACUGGCACCAAACUGUGGAAGAAGAGCUACGCAGAUAACAUUCUCUCUUUCUCUUUUGACCCCUUUGAUCCUUCACAUUUAACUUUACUCACCAGCGAGGGCAUUGUAUUCAUCUCAGACUUCUCUCCAUCCAAGCCUCCCUCAGGCCCUGGCAAAAAAGUUUACAUAUCUAGCCCACACUCUAGCCCAGCUCAUAACAAGCUGGCUGCAGCCACUGGCGCCAAGAAGGCACUUAAUAAAGUGAAAAUCUUAAUCACUCAAGAGAAACCUAGUGCUGAAUUCAUGACUCUCAAUGACUGCCUCCAGUUGGCUUACCUCCCUUCCAAAAGGAACCACAUGUUGUUACUGUAUCCUCGAGAGAUUUUAAUCCUUGACCUUGAGGUGAAUCAAACAGUGGGUGUGAUUGCAAUAGAACGAACAGGAAUUCCAUUUGUGCAGGUAAUACCCUGCUUUCAACGAGAUGGUAUAUUCUGCCUCCAUGACAAUGGCUGUAUCACCUUACGUGUUCGGAGAUCUCAUCGCAGUGUUUUGGCCACUUCAAAUGAGGAACCAGACCCAGAUCCUGUCCAGGAGCUUACCUAUGACUUACGAAGCCAGUGUGAUGCGAUCCGGGUGACCAAAACUGUGCGGCCCUUCAGCAUGGUGUGCUGUCCUGUCAAUGAGAAUGCGGCUGCCCUCAUAGUGAGUGAUGGCAGGGUCAUGAUCUGGGAGCUCAAGUCCACCGUGUGCCGUCGAAAUUCACGGAGCAGUGGUUCUGGUGUGUCUCCGUUGUAUUCCCCAGUGUCUUUCUGUGGAAUUCCUGUAGGAGUGUUACAGGAAAAACUCCCAGACCUCUCCUUAGACAACAUGAUCGGACAAAGUGCGGUUGCUGGCGAAGAGCAUCCCGGGGGCUCCGUUCUGCAGGAAGUGCACCUUAAGUUCCUCCUGACAGGGCUGCUCUCAGGACUGCCUUCGCCACAGUUUGUCAUCCGUAUGUGCCCACCGCUGACCACAAAAAACAUCAAGAUGUAUCAGCCACUGCUUGCUGUGGGUACGAGUAACGGUUCUGUCUUGGUGUACCAUCUCACCAGUGGGCUGCUGCACAAGGAGCUGAGCAUCCACUCCUGUGAAGUCAAGGGUAUCGAGUGGACAAGUUUGACUGGUUUUCUUUCUUAUGCCACAUCAACACCAAACAAUCUGGGAUUAGUGAGAAAUGAACUUCAGCUCGUUGACCUUCCAACAGGCAGGAGCAUUGCUUUUCGCGGUGAAAGAGGCAGUGACGAAUCACCCAUUGAAAUGGUUAAAAUAUCUCAUCUAAAGCAGUAUGUGGCAAUUACAUUCAAAGAUAAGCCCCUGGAGUUAUGGGAUGUUCGAACAUGUACACUACUUAGAGAAAUGUCCAAAAACUUCCCCGUGAUAACUGCUCUGGAGUGGUCCCCUUCCCACAACUUGAAGAGCCUGAGAAAGAAGCAGCUGGCCACCCGGGAAGCCAUGGCUCGCCAGACGGUCGUCUCAGACACAGAGUUGAGCGUCGUCGUGGAGUCCUCUGUGAUCAGCUUGUUGCAGGAGGCAGAAAGUAAAUCUGAACUCAGUCAGAACAUCUCUGCCCGGGAACAUUUUGUGUUUACUGAUAAUGAUGGCCAAGUUUACCAUCUUACUGUGGAAGGAAACUCAGUGAAGGAUAGCGCUCGGAUUCCACCAGACGGAAGUAUGGGUAAUAUUACCUGCAUCGCUUGGAAAGGUGACACAUUAGUUCUUGGAGAUGCUGAUGGAAAUUUAAACUUUUGGGAUUUGAAAGGCAGAAUAUCCAGAGGGAUACCUACACAACGAAGUUGUGUGAGGAAGAUUCGUUUUGCCCCUGGCAAAGGGAACCAGAAAUUAAUAACGAUGUACAACGAUGGUGCGGAAGUCUGGGAUACCAGAGAGGUUCAGAUGGUGAGCAGUUUAAGAAGUGGAAGAAAUGUGACCUUUCGGAUCUUGGACGUGGACUGGUGCACGUCCGAUAAAGUGAUCUUGGCUUCAGAUGACGGCUGCAUCCGCGUCCUGGAGAUGUCUAUGAAGUCGACAUGCUUCCGAAUGGAUGAGCAGGAGCUCACCGAGCCUGUGUGGUGCCCUUAUCUCCUCGUCCCCCGGGCCGCUCUGGCCUUGAAGGCUUUCUUACUGCACCAGCCUUGGAACGGACAAUAUUCUCUGGAUAUUUCUCACGUUGAUUAUCCAGAAAAUGAAGAAAUCAAGAAUCUCCUUCAAGAACAGCUGAAUUCAUUGUCUAAUGACAUGAAGAGGCUCUUGCUUGACCCAGAAUUCUCCCUCCUACAGAGAUGCCUGCUUGUUUCAAGGCUUUAUGGCGACGAGUCAGAGCUGCACUUCUGGACGGUGGCCGCCCACUACCUGCACAGCCUGUCCCAGGAACAGGCGUCUAAAGAAACGGCUCCUCGCGACAAAGUGAACAACCCCCUGGACAUCUGUUACGACGUGCUCUGUGAAAACGCCUAUUUUCAGAAAUUCCAGCUGGAAAGGGUUAAUCUACAAGAAGUAAAGCGAUCGACUUACGACCAUACAAGAAAGUGUACAGACCAGCUGCUUCUUUUGGGUCAAACAGACAGAGCUGUGCAGUUACUGCUGGAAACAAGCGCAGACAACCAGCAUUAUUACUGCGACUCACUGAAAGCCUGCUUGGUCACGACCGUCACCUCCUCGGGCCCCUCCCAGAGCACCAUCAAGUUGGUGGCAACUAACAUGAUCGCCAACGGCAAGUUGGCAGAGGGCGUCCAGCUGCUCUGCCUGAUAGACAAAGCCGCGGAUGCCUGUCGCUACCUGCAGACGUACGGCGAGUGGAACCGAGCAGCGUGGCUUGCGAAAGUUCGUCUAAACUCUGAAGAGUGUGCUGAUGUCUUAAAGCGCUGGGUGGACCACCUCUGCUCCCCACAAGUCAACCACAAGUCAAAGGCUCUCCUGGUCCUCCUCUCCCUGGGCUGCUUCAUCAACGUGGCUGAGACGCUGCACAGCAUGAGGUACUUCGACAGAGCCGCCUUGUUCUUGGAAGCGUGUCUCCAGUAUGGUGCCAUCGAAGUCGGCAGAGACACAGAGAAACUCAUCGCUGCUAUUUACGCAGACUACGCCCGGAGUUUGAAGAGCCUCGGCUUUAAGCAGGGCGCCGUUCUUUUUGCUGCAAAAGCUGGAGCGGCGGGCAGAGACUUACUCAGCGAGCUGGACUCCUCCAGGCACGAAUGACGGCAAAUCGGAGCCAGCGCCUCUGACCUCGCAGCCCCGGUGGGCUGGAGUGUCGGUCUGACCGUGGUGGUCCAGGUCACAGUGCUGACCAUGAGGGUGCUGUCCCUUCUUGGGUCCUCUGGAUGUCCUCUGCCCAGCCGGGGAGGGGCAUUGAGGUGAGAAGCAACUUCUGCACCAGAAAAAAAAAACGUGAACGCUUCAGAUUUUUGAAAGCAUCCGACAUUUUGUGCUUUUCGGAGGAAGAACAUGAAAGAGAUCGCAGAAGUACUUUUAAUUUUUGUUUUAAACCUUCAGGUCGAGAGACCGAGUUGUUUUCCUCGCUGACUAGAUUUUAAUUGAGGAGUCGGUGGUAAGUUCCCGAGACUGUCCUCCCUGAUGUCCCAUUCUGUGUUUGCGUGGAGCUGUGCAGAAUAUAAACAGGCAGAGUUGGGAGUCAAGAUGAUCGGCCAACUCUGUUUUUGCCUUUUCCUCUUGAGACCAAACAGCCCAGUCGUUGUGUCACAGGUUUAACCAGUUGCUAAGUUUUGUAAUUUCAGUCUCAUCAGCUCUGUGGGGAAAUUUUGAGCUGUUUUGUUCCAGUGUGCGGGGGGUCUUUGAUACCUGGAAUUUUCACUUCCCUAAGGUGUUAGUGAGCGGCACUUGGGAAUCCCUCUCUGCGCAUUCAGUGACCAACUUCAUGUUCUCCUGACAACUGUUGUAUGUGAGAUAUAGCCAGUAUAAACUGUCAUCACGAACAUAAGUGUUCAGGACUUAACAGAAAUGAAGAAUAAUAAAAGAAAACUCCAGCCAGA